CUGUCAAAAUCAAAUAUAACCUAAAACCAGCAUCUAAAAAUAAAUAAAUAAAUAAACAAACAACAAAAUUUUUAAAGACCAAAAUGUCAGCCUAUAUUUUUUGCAUAGAUUCCAGUAGUGGAUUGCCAAUAUUUUCGAGGAAAAAAGGAAAUGUGGAAAAUCUUCCUUUUUCUAUCAAAGGUUCCUUGAAUGGGGUUCAUAUGUAUGGAAAAUCCUUGAAUGUAGAAUUAUUGAACACUCUCACUGAAGAUUACUGUGUUAGUUGGAAAGAGUGUGAAGAUAGUGUUGUUCUCGUUGGGAUAUCGAGUGGCUGUACCCAGGAAGUCUUGAACAAUCUUUUGACUUCGGUUUUUAAUGCCAUGGUUCUAAUAGUUGGGAUUGGGGAAAUUAAAUCUCAGAGAAAUAUCGAUAGAUUGAAAAGAGAAUUAAAAAACUGUUACCCUCUGGUAGACCGACUGAUGGAUUCAUUGGACUGUGGAGGUACAACUAAUAAAUAUUACUCCGACUUGGUUGGAUUAGCAGAAUGUAUAUUGUGCCCAGAGAAUCAUCUGAUACAGAUUUUAUUGGAAUCAUAUAUGGAGUAUGUGGAUUCCCUAUAUAGUUGUGUUUUAAUCCAUGGAAAAAUAUGUGUGGCUACUGAGAGUUGGUGGUCACUUGAUCCUGAAGAAAUCAAACUUCUUUCUUUACUAGCUCUGUCAGAUGGUGGAACAACAAAAGAUAUUCCAAUUUUUCUGCCAUAUAAAAGUCCAACGAUGGCCUUCAGAUUUGUUGCAUGCACACUAAUUCCAGACAUACAAAUUUGUUCAUUAUGUGGACCAACUCCAAAUCUAAUCGAAAUAGAACGUUCUGCAACACAAUGUUUCAAAUCUUCGACGGAAUUAUUCACAGCAGCAUUGCAUACACAUCCUAGGAAUUUUCCACUUACCUGUCAAAUAGAUAGUGGAAUUUUAGGCUUGUUACUUGUGAAUUAUUCGUCUGGGAAGUAUAUGAUAUCGAAAAACACUCAACAAAAUGCCACAAAGAAGAUAGCCAGUAGUUCUCAUAGACUUGACAUACUUAGGACAUUUUACUAUCGAAUGGUCAUGUUUUACCUCAUGAAUGAUGAGGAUAAGAAAAGAAAUGACGUGGACAAAGAAACGGGUAGGAAAAAUGAUAAAAAGAAAGCAGAAAAGGAACAGUCUGAUUUCACGAAUCUUAACGAUGGGAAAGAAACUUACUGGUGUUCAGAGUACCACAAAUGCCAUGCUUUAAUUUCUCAGGAGAACAUAUUGUGUGUUCUUUACAAUUCUAGUGUGCCAACAUUCGAGAUGAGGUUCAUUACUCAAAAAACACUCAAAGCGUUAAUUUCUGACAAACAAAUCUGUUGGUGAAAGAUGAUUUAUAAUUAAUAUCGAACUCCGUCCAAUUAGUCAAGUAUUAUUAGUAUGAUAAUUAUAUAAUUUGAA